AUGGCCCUCAGUUCGUCGACAACAGAAACCCACGCAGACGUCGUCUGGUCGUCAUCACUUUCACGCCCGCGCGCCCGCUCGACGCACGCCGCGGCGGGCGCACACCGCCGCCGGCGCCCCUCCCUCCUCCAGCGCGCCAUGCGCCGCCGCCCCGGGAUCGCGGGGAUCCAGCAGAGGACGCAGACCGCGGCGACGAUGCAGCGUCUCGGCGCGCACGCGAACGCCGAGCGCCUCCAAGCGAUGCGCGCGCAGCUCGCGGAGUUCAAGGCGUCGCUCGAGAAGUUCGCGCUGAAGCACAAGGCCGCGAUCAAGCGAGACCCGGCGUUCCGCGCGUCGUUUCACAAGAUGUGCGCCAACGUCGGAGUGGACCCGCUCGCGUCGAACAAGGGGUUCUGGGCCGAGGUGCUCGGCAUCGGCGACUUUUACUACGAGCUCGGCGUCUCCAUCGUCGAGGCGUGCCUCGCCACGCGCGCCGCGAACGGCGGGCUGAUCGACCUCGAGAACCUCAUGCGCGCGGUCAUCAAGCGCCGCGGCGCCGCCGCGGCGAAAGUCAGCGAGGACGACGUCCUGAGGGCGAUCGAGAAGCUGCGCGUGUUGGGCGGGGGGUGGAGCGCGUUGAACGUCGGAGGACGCGUCGUCGUGCGGUCAGGUUCGUUCGUUCGUUCAUUCAUUCAUUCAUUCAUUCUGUCGUCGCGCCGGUCCCAUACAGUACUGUACGACGUCCCCGUUCGCGCGGUGCGCGCCGUUCCUCGAGGACGGACUUUUCCUUUCCCGCGCGAACUUCUGCGAUUCUCUCCCCGACCUCGACGCCUCACAGCUCCGACUGACGCGAAUCACCGCGCUCCGAAACGAUCCUCGUCAGUCCCGACGGAGCUCAACGCCGACCAGGGCGAGGUGAUUCGCGUCGCGGGGGGCGCCUGCUCGGGGGGCGCCCACCACUCGGGGGGUGCCCACUCGGGGGGUUCCCACUCGGGGCGUGCCGACGCGGGGACUUCGACGCGAGGCGCGGUCACGCGCACGUCGCUGAUGCGCGUCACGGGGUGGGAGGGCGCGCGCGCGGACGCGGCGUUGAGGGAGUUGAUUCGCUGCGGCGCGUGCAUGGUGGACGACGGCGACGCGAUCGCGGGGGAACGCGUGUACUGGCUUCCGUGCGUCUCCGAGGGCGCGGCGUGA